CCACUACCUCAGUACAAAUCCCUUUGUGAAUAACAGCCCUUUAUUCCUAGACUUUCUCCUUGUAGCUCCUGAGUCUCUCUUACUUCCCGCUUUCUCCUCCAUCGAGCAUAAACCACACUUCAAACUCUCAGGCCUCAGUUUCUUCAAGUAAAUUAGACUUUAGAAUACCCUAUUUCCAAAUCCCAAUAUCCACACAUAUCUGAUUACUUCUAGACAACUCAUUUGCUUUUCUAGACUGAGAUUUUCUCAGAUCUUAAAUUUAACUUGAGUGUCAGAGUGUCGUUUGCAAAUAUCACCGCAUUCACCACCGUGCUCUCUGCCAAGCACCAUCAGUCCAUCACGCUCGCUCAUAGGAUCAUCUUGCUCAAAUUCUGGAAGAUCAGUUUCACUUUGGCAUAAAUCAGCUCACAGCUCCUAAAGCUUAGCAGGCUUCAAAUUCUUGAAAAGUCUUUCCCCUCACUUCAUCUAUUACUCUAAUUUUAAUUUUAGUUUUUUUCUUCAUGUUCAUGGACUACUUGAAGGAACUAGAAUUCAAAAGUGUCCAUGAUUAUCCUCACCACCAGAUAAUGAUGGACAAAAUGGUAAGCAACCCCCCUAUAUGGGUUCCGGGACCAGUGAUAGUGGGUGCUGGUCCCUCAGGGCUAGCAGCAGCAGCAUGCCUUAAACACAAAGGUGUUCCAAGCCUAAUCCUUGAAAGAGCUGAUUGCUUAGCUUCAAUGUGGCAGCUCCGAACCUACGAUCGCCUCCGGCUUCACCUUCCAAAGCAAUUCUGUGAGCUCCCCCUCAUGCCAUUUCCCAAGAACUUGCCCUCCUAUCCAACCAAAGAGCAAUUCUUGGCCUACCUCAAUACCUAUGCUGAUCGCUUCGAUAUAAAGCCGGCUUUCGGGAAAACUGUGGUCAGUGCUGAAUUCGAUCGCGUGUGCGGGUUUUGGAGGGUGAAGACUCAGGAGAUGAAGAAGGAGGUGACCACGGAAUAUGUUUGCCAGUGGCUGAUUGUGGCUACUGGAGAGAAUGCGGACGAGGCGGUGCCGAAAAUUGAAGGGAUAGGGGAAUUUGAUGGGACUGUUUUGCAUACUAGCUCGUACAAGAGUGGUAGCAUGUUUUGUGGGAAGAGUGUUUUGGUUGUGGGGUGUGGGAAUUCUGGCAUGGAGGUUUGUUUGGAUCUCUGCAACCACAAUGCUCGCCCUUCCCUAGUGGUUAGAGACACGGUGCAUAUCUUGCCACAGCAGAUGUUAGGGAAAUCAACUUUUGGGCUGUCUAUGUGGUUGCUCAAGUGGCUUCCCAUAAGAUUUGUUGAUCAAUUUUUAGUUCUAAUGUCAGAUCUCAUGCUUGGGGACACUGCUCAAUUGGGUCUUCACCGCCCUAAAAUUGGUCCUAUAGAGCUCAAGAACUUGUACGGCAAGACACCGGUUUUGGAUGUUGGGACACUAGCUAAGAUUAAAAGUGGCAAAAUUAAGGUUUGCCGGGGGAUUAAACGACUAGCCCGCAAUGCAGUGGAAUUUGUUGAUGGGAAAGUUGAGAGCUUUGACGCCAUCAUACUAGCAACCGGUUACAAAAGCAAUGUACCCUCUUGGUUAAAGGACAAUGAGAUGUUUAGUGAGAAAGAUGGGUUGCCCAGGAAGCCAUUCCCAAAUGGAUGGAAAGGCUCAAAUGGACUAUAUGCUAUUGGUUUCACCAAACGUGGCCUUCUUGGUGCAUCUAUUGAUGCAAAGAGGAUUGCAGAGGAUAUUGAACACAGCUGGAAAGCUGUUGAGGCUGCGCGUGUAUUGGAUAUUCCUUCUCCACUUGCAUGAUAGAUAUUGUGGGAAUUAAAGAUGAUGCAAAUGUUUUAGGAUUAGAAAAAAGAAGAAAAAAUGAUGGCGUCUUCAUGGUGCCUUUGGCACACCUGGACUGAUAUAGGCGAACCGGGUCAUUUAUUUUGGGCUUAUCACUAUCAUGUAACAAAUGGGCCGGGCAACCCAUGGUCCAGCCGGACCAAAACCCAAGUUAUAAAUAGAAGAGGACCGCCCAAGCGGCAGGAUCCUAUCAUUUUCACGCAUUUUA